AUGGCGACAUCAGCAAUUAGUGAUACUCCCCAUUUACGUUUCAAUCCUUUACGCCAAGAGUGGGUUAUCGUUUCGCCGCAACGAUUAAGCAGACCUUGGCAAGGUCGAAGAGAAACGAGCGAAAAGAAAAAUUCAUCGCAAAUCAAUGCAAAUAACGCCCUUGCGCCAGGUGGUCUUCGCCCCAAUGGGAUUGUAAAUCCUAACUAUGACAGUACUUACGUCUUCACGAAUGACUUCCCAGCAUUGAUCGAGAAUUUUGAUUGUGAUCAUCCGCUGCUAAGGAACGCUGUUGCCCAAGGAAAUUGUCGUGUCAUGUGCUUUCAUCCCCGAUCAGAUCUAACUUUGCCGCUAAUGACUGAAACCGAAAUUCUGGCAGUUAUUAAUAAAUGGAGUGAAGAAUUUGAAGAAUUGGGCCGCAAAUUCAAUUGGGUUCAAAUUUUUGAAAAUAAAGGAGAAAUUAUGGGUUGUUCUAAUCCACAUCCUCACUGCCAGAUAUGGUCUAGCAAUUUCAUUCCUAAUGAUGCUUCUUUGGAGGAUAAAUCACAAAAGAAUUACUACGAAAAAAAUGGUAAAGUUAUGCUUCUAGAAUAUGCGGAAUUGGAAUUGAAGAAAAAGACGAGAAUUGUAGUGGAGAACAAUCAAUGGGUUGCUUUAGUUCCAUAUUGGGCUAUGUGGCCGUUUGAGAUUAUGCUUCUUCCAAAGCGUCAUAUUAAAAGAUUUACGGAAUUGACAGAGGACGAUAAGGCGGGUCUUGCUGAAUGCCUUAAGAAGUUUCUUACAAAGUAUGAUAAUCUCUUCGAAACCUCAUUUCCAUAUUCUAUGGGAUGGCUUGGUGCCCCUACAGGAUCAUAUUUGUCUCAGUCGUGCGAACAUUGGCAGUUGCAUGCUCAUUAUUACCCGCCAUUACUGCGAUCAGCAACAGUAAAGAAGUUUAUGGCCGGCUAUGAGAUGGUUGCUUCCCCACAGCGCGAUCUCACUGCAGAAAUGGCAGCUGAACGCUUAAGAAAUUUACCGGAUAUUCAUUACAAGUUAGUAUAG